AUUUAUCUCAAGGUGUGUGCAGGCUGUCUGGUGUCGUGGCCAUGCAGACUGUCCUUUAUUUCAGGCUGUUUGAGAAGGACCAUCUCGUUCUCAAGCUAUGGGUCGGAAGCAUCUGCAUCCUGGACAUCGUACAUACGUGCUUAGUGUGGGCUGCCGACUGGCAAUACUGCGUCGAUGGUUUCGGGAGCGAGGACAUCACUGACCACGUCUUUUGGAGUGCUGGGCUAACAAUAGCGUUCACUGCGAUCACCACGAUCCUCGUCCACCUGUUCUUCUCGUACCGCUUGUUUAGACUCAGCAAGGGCAACUAUAUCAUUACGGCGCCGAUGGUUAUCUUGGCGACCUUUCGGCUGGCAUCUGCAGUUGCCACAUCGGCAGAGUUAAUCCGCCUCGGGAGUUUCUCCGAGUUCUACAUGCACUACCGAUGGCUGUUUACCCUCGGCCUCGUGCUCUCGACUGCCCUAGACAUCAUGAUCACGACGAGCCUCUGCGCACUGCUCCGGCGGAGCAGGCGGGGCGGGAGCGGAAGGUUAGACCAGAUCUUGAACUCGAUGACGCUGUAUACGAUAGAGAAUGGGCUUGUGACUUCGGUGACGACGACGCUGUCGCUUAUCUUUUGGCUCGUCAAACCGCAUGCGCUCAUCUACCUCGGGCUGCAUUUUACGAUUAGCAAGCUAUAUGCAAAUUCGUUCCUCGCAUCGAUGAAUGCACGUAAGCUCUUGCGAGCACAAAACCCGUCGUCAGGGUCCUCCGGACAUCGGCUGCCCACGAUCCUCUCCAACGUUCGGUUUUCACACAGACCGCCGCCGGAGACGGUCGACCUCACCGGUACCAAGGUGCAGAUCACGGUGGACCGGACGGUGGAUUACGCGUCGGACGACCCGAUCCCGCUCGCGCAGACGCACCGCGUACACGAGGAAGACGACGUCAAGGCGGGCCCGGUGAAAAUUGUCUGAGGGCGCUCCAGCUCCGGAUCCAAAUGCCAACCUCGAAGCCGACGCGAGCUCCUUGCUGGGCGUAUACAUUCGUUCAGAAUAUGCGACUGAAAUAUGUAGAUAAGUAUGUCAAUAUGGUACCGAUCUAGCUCCGCAUACAAGGAUAUACUGUAUGCCGAUUGAU